UUCAUCUGUCCCUACCAAAUAACAAACCAACGAAAAAAACUCAAUUUCUUUUUCUCUUCCAAAAUAUUCAUGGAGAGCUCAAUGAACAAUGCAUUCAUUAUAAGCAAAUGUGAAACGUCGACGACGUUUUCAAGCGACCGAACCCCGGAGGAAAGUAGCUGGUCGAUGUACUUGGAAGAUUUCUGCGAGGCUUCUUCAAGUGCUGUCCAUAUGGGAGAUUUCAGUUCUUCCUCCAUCCCCGAUGCAAUGUCUUUUGUCGCGACUAAGAAGACCUUCGACAUGUCUAAACAAGAAGGACCUAACUAUUCCAACAAUUUGAACAUCAAGAGAACAAGAAAUAGAGAGAUUCCUUUUGGUACUCAUUGUGAUCUUGAAGACACUGCAUCUUCUCCUUCUCGUAGUCCUAAUGUCAAAAGCAUAAUGAAUCUAUUGGGCAACAACACGAGACACGGGGGUGGCGUUGUUGAUGACACAAAUAAUGUGAAAGGAAAGAGUGUAGGGCAAAACCAAGGUGGAUUAUCAGUAGACUUGAAGAAAAAAGGGCUUUGUUUGGUUCCCAUGUCUAUGGUCACCAACUUUCUUGGUUAACCAUACAUAUAUAACUCUUUAUUCAUUUUUACAAACUUGUUUUUUUUUUCUAUUUUUCCCACUUAGAAUACUAUUAUAUUAUAUAUUUCUCCAAUCAUGUGUAAUAUAUGUUAUUCAGUUAAUUUGUACUAUACACAUGCAUGACUUACAAAAUAAAUGUUACAUGUGCAUGAGUUGUAUAUAUGGCCAUUCCUGUUAUUAUCGGAAUAAAUUUUCUCUCAGUAAUGA